AUGCGCAAGGAGGGAUGGGUAGCCUUGUGGGUACGGGGAGAUGGGAAUUGCUGUUGGCGUUCUUUGGCGAAGUGCUUGUGGGAGAGUGAUGAGUACUGGUCGCAACUGAAGCUCGUGGUCCUUGCGUGGGCAGCAGCGCACGCCGAGGAGCUCGUAUCAGAAGGGCGUGUACUGUCCGACUUCUCGCUGCACUUCUCGGAUGACAUCCACGCGGGGUUGGGUUACGCUUACUCAGCCACUUGUGUGGGCGCUGCGCCCUCGGUCGCCCAGACGUCGAGAAUGUUACUUGCUUCUGUAGCAUAUGAUUGUGAGGACACUGUGUGGGGUGGUGACUUUACGUUGCUGCUGGCGUCCCAAGCUCUAAAGAUAACGGUGAAGCUGUUGAGCCCGAACGAUGUGAUGGUGCGUAAACGUGAUGAGUCUUCGGCGACGCCUGGGACAAUUCGCGGUGCGGGAAGGAAAGGCGACAAGGUGGACGACACCCGCCUCUCUCAGACCUUUCUCGCCGAUGACGCAGUGUCCUGUUUGCACAUUCAAGGGGGGGGGCGCAUGGUUGCGGAGGCCACUGUUGUUUUGACGUCCUGUACCGGUCAAGCAAGCGUAGGAGAGCUGGACAACCUCGUCGAGGUGACGAAGUCGACCGCGUGCCCUCGAGGUGUCCACUUCGCUGCGGUCUCGAAGAAGGACCGCUCGACCCCUCCGUUUCCUCUCGUGAGAGCGGCACCCCCGUUAUUCCAAGCGCUGGCGAAGCAAGCGAGAGACGCUGAACGCUUGCGGUUGGAGAUAGUGCAAAUUGCGGAAGCAAGGCGGGUUGAACAGCGCAAGGAGGAGGAGAAGGAGAAUCGACGUAAGGACGACGAUGAAAAGCGUCGCAAGGAAAGUGAGAAUCUUCGGGAGGGGGAAGCGCAGGGUGGUGGCAUGGGGGUAGGGAGAGUGGAAGCCGCGGGAGAGGGAGUGGAAGCAGGCAAGCAGGCGGGCUCAGGCGGAGGUGUGGAGGAAGGAGACGUAACAAAGAGAGGCGAGGGAGAGGGGAAGGGAGAGGGAGCCAACGAAGAGGGGGCCGGGAUGGAGGAUGAGUCGGGCAUGACUGGCGCUGCGGGCGCUGGUCGCCAAACAAGUCUUCAGGCCAAGGAAGAGGAACUCGAGGCCGUGACGAAAAGAGAGGUGGAGGCCAGAUCCAUUGCCAAGAAGUUCAAGGCGAGAUACGUCCGGCUGAAGGCAGAAAGCGCACACGCCCAGUAUCUACGGGACAAGGACGCCCGAAGCGCGCAGAAUGACUACACGGCCGCCUUGACCAUGUUGAAUAGGACCCUAAAGGCAGGUAGAGUCGCCGCAGCGGUUGCACGACGGAAGUACGACAAGGCUGUGGCUGCAACAUCGAGGAUCUCGCGCAGGAUACGAAAGUUGCGCGCUGGCAUACCUGUGGAUGUCAGCUGUGAAGACAACAGCGACUUUGACUUGGACAGCGACUCGAGCACGCGCAGUGGCUGCAUGGGCGACGACUGGUUGAGCACCGACGAACUGUCUUCAGAUGAAGGCACCAAAGAGGAGGUGGAGGCAGCUGUAAAAAAGGCGGUGACAACAGCGACACAGGGUCAUGAAAAGCAGAAGCGCCACGUCCUGGUAUGCAGAGCUGGCGCGAUGGGGGCAAAGCGGACAUACAACACCCUUUUGAAGAUCUCAGACGCCUUGAACAGCAGCACAAGAGAGGACGGAGAGGCUGCCGAGGCCUCCAUCAAUGAGACACAAACGACAAGAACCGCGGCAGUCGAAGCGUGGAAGAAAUACAAGAACGCGGACCGUUCCAUGCAGGAGGAAUACGAAGGUUUCGACACGAUGGACAUCGAUGGCGGGCUGGAAGAUCCCUACGAUUCCACAGGCUGGGCAGAUUGGGACAGUGGAGAAGAGUCAUUGUCCGAUGCGCCCGACAGCGAAGGUGGUGGCCAGGUGGGUAGGCACGUACGAGGACAGGAAUCCCUUGGAGGUCACAUGACCAAGGUCGGUGAAAAAGGCGAUGAAAGGGAAAGCCACGGUCCGGUCAGCCUCGAGACUGGCUUCACGUUCCUUGAGAAAGACAGCGCAGAAGACACGUGGGACUCGGUUGUGCGCAGAGUCGAGAGCGAGCUUCAUCGCCAGGGUUUCAAGGGCAAAACAACGCCGGUCAGGGGCAAAAAGGUCAACCUUGAACACCACGCCGACUGUGAGAUGCAACACGUUGCGAAGAAGCACAAGGAUGACAGCGUGGUACCGCUCGAAGAAUUGGAAAAAUGGGCGGAUGACAUCAAAAGCAUGACCUUAGGCGGUGUCCGACCAUUCACGAUGUACCGGUGCAUUGGGGAGAACAUCAAGCCCCGCAAGCUCGGCACGCGGGGUGUGCGAAAGGUGAGGAACAUGUCAGACAAGGUAUCACGUGGGCGAUGGGCGUCGAAGACGGACGCUCUUGAACUCGUGGCGGAUCUGGAAAGGGGACCAGCGACGGUGAAAUGGGAAUCCGACGCCAACCACGUCUUGCGGUCUAUCAUGUGGGCAUCACCAGAACAAAUCAUGCUCGCGAGAACAUAUGGCGGUAUUGUCAUCCAAGACAACACAUGCCUUAUUAACAGGUACGACUUCAAGCUCUGCUUGUUCGUGGGUGUCGACUCGGAGAACAAGACGGGUAUUUUCGCGCAAGGUUUACUGAGCAACGAGCAGAUAUCAUCGUUUGACUUUGCGAACAGAUUCCUCCUCGAAAUUCGCGGGGGCACCCAAAGUCAUCACCUGCUGCCCACCCCCCCCACCCCCCACCCCCCACAGGUCAUCAUUACAGACGCCGACGCUGCCAUGACGAGUUCGGUUGCUGAACUUAUGCCCCACACCAAGCAUCUGUACAGCUCGUGGCAUAUCUCCAAGAAUUUGAAGAGAAAGUGCGGGGGAGAGGUAUUUGCCGAUGUGAUCAGGCGGUAUACGGCGGCGUCAUUCGCGACAUCGAUGAAGGCAUUCGAACGCAUUUGGAAUAAUCUGAAGGAGGUUGUGGAGGGCACACCCUGCGAGGAGUACAUCAACGGCUACCUAUUCGACCAACGUAAGCACUGGGCACGCUGCUGUCAUCCGACGACCAUGACCCUGGGCAUGACAGCCUCGCAGCGUGUGGAGGGCAGUUUCAGCGUUAUCAAGAACGGUGGUGCCGUCAGGAAGAACUCCACCUUUGGCGCAGUAAGGAAAAGGGUGGAAACUGUUGCUGAGGAUCUCGCGCUGGCAUCAAGAAUGUGGGUGUCCAGGGGGGUAAAAGCGCGUGUUGCCUUGUAUCAUAUUUUCAUACUGAUCCAUUGUAUUGGCAUGUACGGACUCUUGCGUGGUGUUUCGCAUACUGUUGAGCCAGCUUCUUUCACCAUCACCAGCAUCACUGCCGUGCGCUGUUUGUCUCCGUGCAGGCUAAGCACCAAGGCGGGCUCCCUCCGAUUUGCCCACAUGGAGGACGACGUGAAGAAAGCCAUCGAACCCGUCAUGAAAGAAUACGAGAAAGCAGGAGCCAGCACCUACGCUCGACGGGAAAUCAUGGCCGAGAUGGUUGCAAGUGACUCGUAUGACACCACCGUCCUAGUGAAGGGACGAGAGUCAAAACGGUUCCUCGAAGACCUGGCUGCACAGCCAUCCAACAAUGAUGGAAACGGAGAUGUAUGCUGUCAGGUACCCGCUGAUGUCUUCGACGGGAAAAAACAUCCUGACACGUCCAUGUUUGGUACCACGUGUUUGCAAUCAUUUUAUCGGCUUGUUGCCCACGUCGACAUAUAUAUGGGGGAUGCCGUUGUCAAAGUAGUAUACAAACGGCGCAAGGUCGGCCACCUCGUAGUCAUAGGUCCAGACGGCUUUCAGCUGUGUGCGUGUUUGCAGCUCAUGAGGCGGGGGCUGCAGUGUAGGCAUGUCCUUGCCGCACUUGUCACAGAGUUGGAUCGCGCUUCCGAGUUCAAGGGUGAAUUCAUCCACCCUCGGUGGCGUCCUAACAGUGUAGACACGUGGAGCCUAGAUAAGGUAGAGCUAGGUUCGUUUGACGAGGAAGGGAGGACGUCGUACAAGGGAAGGUUUCAAGACCCGCCGCUUCAUUCUUCGAAGAGUAAAAGGCAGACUAGAGUAAAGAAUUUCGACGAGUUGGGAAGGGGCGGCAAGAGGAUCAAGACCGAAAGUCCCUAG